CGUUCUGUCUCUAUCGCUGGCCGUCUCCCAUCUGCACACCUUCCCCGACAUCCCCUCUGCACUAUGGUCGCUGUCUCUGCCGCUCUGAUCCUCGCGGUCGCCUCUGCCGUCUCGGCCCAGUUCUAUCCCCUCAAGUGCGGCAACCAGACCGCCGACGUCUCUGCCUGUCUCUUCCAGGACGACAGCUGCUACUUCUUUGACGAUUUCGACACCCUGAGUGCCGUCGAAUGGGGCAACUACACAGGCGACCCAAGCACCGCCCACUUUGUCAUCGAAGCCGGUCUGCCCUAUGUCAACGGCAGCAUCCUGUACAUGCCGCUCAUCAAGCCCCCUGCUGGUGUCCCCAACGCCAAUGCCACCAUCAUGUCGACUACCCGUUUCAUGAACUACGGCUCCUUCGAGGCUCGUCUGGCCACCGUCGGCCGCUCUGGUGUCGUCUCCACCCUGAUCAGCAUUUCCAACACUCAGGAUGAAAUCGACUUUGAAAUGGUUCCCAAGGACGCCGCCUCUGCCAACGAGGUCCAGGCCAACUGGUACCACAACGGCGAGCAGACCUUCAAUGUUGACUUCCAAGCUGGCGAAGCCAACAACAACACCUACGACAACUUCCACAUCUACAACGUCACCUGGACUCCCGACGUUAUCACCUGGAGCCUGGACGGCGUGCCCUUCGAUACCGUCGUCAAGAGCUCCCUGGGCAACAACUCGUACCGCUAUCCGGCCACUCCCUCUCGCAUCCAGUUCGGUGUCUGGAACCCUCAGGACAACGCUUGGGCUGGCGACGGCAACAUCAACUUUGACAACCUGACAUCUGAGCUUCACGUUCGCAUCGAUUACAUGAGAGUCAUCGGAUACGGCUGCACCCGCACCGCUCCUUUGGUCAGCUCCUCGAGCGCUGCUGCCGCGACAGCCUCGCAGAGUGCGGCGGCGUCGUCCACGGCGACUGCCAAGUCUGCAGCGGCGACAUCCGCCUUCCCUGUCGGUUUCGGUGCCUCGGUGCUGCUGGCUGGUCUCGCCAUUGCUGCUCUGUUCUGAGAGCCCUGAUCGCUGGCUCCUCUGCUACGGAUCUCUAGAGAUGGUGCUUUCGCAACCACAGCUCGCGCAGAACGAAACACCUUGUUUUGCCCGACAACCGCUGCCGGCUGUUGGAUUGGAGAAGCACCAUACAGCGCUGUAUUUGAGCCUCCCGGUAUUUCCGGCGCUCUUCC